AUGAGCCUGAACGCGUCCGAGGCCUGCGACUCGGAUAUCGGCGUAGAGCCAGCGGAUAAGCUGUUUCGCUUCGUGGUGCAUGGCGUGCUACUCAACGUGAUUGGCGCGGGCGGACUGCUGGGGAACGUGCUGUCCGUCGUAGUGCUGUCUCGGCCGCAGAUGCGCUCCUCCAUCAACUGCCUGCUAGUGGGGCUGGCGGCGUGUGACACCGUGCUCAUUCUCACCUCCAUCCUGUUGUUCGGGCUGACUGCGGUGUUCCCCUACACUGGAAGCAUGCGGUACUACUACUACCAUGUGUGCCCGCACAUUACUCCCUACGCCUACCCCAUUGCGAACGCGGCGCAGACCAUGUCUGUCUACCUGACACUAAUUGUCACCAUCGAGCGCUGGGUGGCUGUGUGCCACCCAUUCCGUGCCAAGGCGCUGUGCACAUCGUCGAGGGCGCGUUGGUACGUGUUGGGUACGGCCGCCUUCGCGCUCGCCUAUAACACACCCAAAUUCUUUGAAGCAGAGUUGGUGCAGCGCCUGGUGGAUGGAGAGCUAGUGUACUGCGUCACUGCUGACCUUGAAUUUCGCACAGAGUCCUAUAUCGUGGUCUACAUACACUCGCUCUAUAUGAUCGUCAUGUACAUCGUGCCCUUCACCGCUCUGGCUGCGCUCAACGCAUGCAUCGUACGCCAGGUGCGGCGAGCCCAGGCCGAACGCGCACGGCUCUCGCGUGUACAGCGUCGCGAGCUGGGGCUGGCUACUAUGUUGUUGGUGGUGGUGCUGGUUUUCUUUCUGUGUAACCUCCUGCCUCUCGUCACCAACUCUUUUGAAGUAUUCCUCGACGACCAGUUUGAUAAGCUCGACCCGCUCGUAAAGACGAGUAAUCUGUUAGUAACUAUAAACAGCAGCGUCAACUUCGUCAUUUACGUUAUCUUCGGGGAGAAGUUCAAGCGUGUUUUCCUCAAGAUGUUUUGCGCAGGUGGCAUGCGACGACGGGACUCACCCGAGCACACCCGCGACGAUUCGUUCGCAUCGUGCGGUGAGCGCGUUUCACUGCGGCUCGCGCGUAACGGCACGCUGAGACGCUCCGAGGCGCGCAGCUCACGCAGUACGACACUGACGGGAAGCGGCCGCCCGCGGCCCUCACCAGCACCCGCACCCACCGUCUAUUACCCGGCACCUGUCACGGAGCUCUCGAGUACUUCAGACUCGCGCUGGAACAACGGACACUCCCGUGCUCACUUCUAA